AGCAAACUCCAACUCCAACAAAACCAAAAAAAAAACAAAGUAUUCUGCAGGACUCGGUUGAUUACUUCACCCAAUCCUCUUGUUGCAGAUUACACGCCUUCACAUCGCAGAGACGAGCUGUCUCAUGCGGUCAUAAGAGGCAAUCCUCCCUCGUCCCGUAUUACGCCGUGCGGUUUCGGAGCUGCGCCGUGAAAAGUGAUCGCUGCCAUGGCCUCUGUCACAACGUCUGCGCAAGCAGUCGCGAGAAUCGCCUACCUUGCCAGCGAUGUGGUCGUUUCCGUCCAGCCGUCCCUGCAGAAGGACUCGCUGUUCUCCAGCACAUUGCACACAUUAGCGACAGAGAAUUAUCGCAGCGUCUUAUUGAAGGGCAUACCCGAGAUUCGAGCGGUCCGCUUUAAUGAAGAUCCUCUGCUGUCAGCUUUCCACCCUAUCCAAUCCGGCAAGCUUGUCACCGUCACCACAUCUUCAUCUGUCCUCCUGACUUCAAUCCCCCACCUCUACCGCCUUGCCAGCCAUCCAGUCGUCAUCCAUGUCGCAAUUGAGUCCUCACCAUUUCCAGACUUUUCUGUGAUCAGCUCGAUACGCCAGUGUGGUUUCUCCUUCCUCCAGUCUGAGACCGUACAAGAAGCACAAGAUAUCGCGUUGACCGCUCAUGCCCUUGCUCUUCGAUCCGGCAAGGGUGUCAUUCACUUUUUCGACCCUGCGAACUCUGUCCAUGACGACAGCAUUGCCCUAGAGGAUUUGGAUGUGGUGAAGAAGGUGUUGAACCUGGACGCAGUUCGACCAUCCUACAAUGGAUCCGGUGAAGGCGAGACACUGUAUGCGGAUUCAGGACGGCUGCCAAUGGUCCCUGAGGAUGCUGUUGAAAGAGCCCCGGCGACAGAUGCUGGUCCGGAUGCUGGCCUGGCACCUCCGCUUUCUUCCACCGUAUCGUCUGCUUUUAGCCAAGAGGCUUCCUCUGUGGGAUCUUCGCGUCGAGAUAGCAGUGUCGAUAGCCACGCUCUGAGCUCCGUAGCCACGACUGUUGAUGGCACCAACGUGAGACCUGUCAACGCCGCUGAUAUAUUCGAGUGGACCGCGGACAUUUGGCACACACUUGAAAGCAAUGUGGGAAGGAAUUACCGAGCAAUUGAAUACACUGGUCCGCAAAACGCUAAUUCAGCUAUAUUCAUCUUUGGAUCUACCGGCAUUUUCGUUGAUGCUCUAGGAAAUGACAACUCCGGUUUGGAAAACGUUGGAAUCAUUACUGCCCGGCUCUACCGUCCAUGGGUGGGAAGUCUGAUCUCAAACCAAAUACCACCAUCUAUUGAGCGCAUUGCCGUCCUAGAACAGGUUAAAAAGACUACCAAAUGGGGACCGUCCUUCUUGGACCUUCUGUCAAGUUUGACUGCCGCCCCAGGCCAAUCGCGAAGCCCGCGGCUCGUAGGAUACCGUCUUGGCCACAUUGAGGUAUCUACUGUAGCGCAAGCACUGCGCGGUAUUCUGCAGAAUUUGCAAUCCGACUCUCCCAUCCAGAACCUUGAAGUUGGCAGCCACGAGGAACACGCCAUUCAAAAAGACAUCGAACAACCAGCAAUUGAGAAUGCAUACACCAAGAUUCUGGAUCAGCUAUUCAGUAAACGAUUGUACGUUGCAAACCAGCUGGGUGCUAGCAAUGCUGGUAUAUCAUCUACAAUCGCAGCUAGUCCUGAAUACGGUUUUGGUUCUUUGAUUGCACGAUCUGAGCAUCGUGAUAGAUUCAUUAAGCAGGUUGAAUUAGCUGCCAAGUCGAAAGACUUUGCUACAGAUCGACCACAGACCUGGCUCUCUAAAUGGGCCUUGAGCGCUCGUGACACCGUCAAAGCUAAUAGCAUUGCCGAAGACGUCAUUGGACGGUUGACAAUGGAUGGCUCCAAACUUGCGAGAGAUCUUCUCGAGAACAAAAAACUGUUUUACAAGGAGUCACAGUGGUUGAUUGGAUCCGAUGCUUGGGCUUACGAUCUUGGCAAUUCUGGCGUUCACCAUGUUCUUGCGUCUGGUGCUAAUGUCAAUAUGCUGAUCAUCGACUCUCAACCUUAUUCUGAGCACAUGGCGGCGGAUUCUUCUCGCAGGAAAAAGGAUAUUGGUCUUUAUGCCAUGAACUUUGGUAACGCCUAUGUUGCUUCAGUUGCCGUUUACGGCUCUUACACACAAGUCUUACAGGCCAUGGCGGAAGCUGACCAAUACGAUGGUCCAUCGGUCGUCUUGGCCUACUUGCCCUACAACAAGGAGAACGAUUCCCCAUUGACUGUUCUCCAAGAGACUAAGAAAGCGGUGGACCUUGGCUAUUGGCCUCUUUACCGAUGGAACCCCAGCACUGAUGACAGCGAGCCCAAGUUCUCGCUUGAUUCUGAGCGCAUCAAAAAUGAACUCGAAGAGUUCCUUCGCCGGGACAAUCAAUUAACUCAGCUCAUGCGUCGUCAUCCUAAGUUCGCCAACAAUCUGUCUGAAUCCUACGGGUCCGAAGUCCGCGCUUUACAGAAACGCAAGGCCAAAGAUUCUUAUGAAAAGCUGUUGGAGGGACUGUUUGGAGCCCCCCUCACCAUUCUGUUCGCUUCGGACAACGGCAAUGCUGCCAGCAUUGCCAAUCGUCUUGGAAACCGUGGUCGCCUUAGGGGUCUCAAGACUCUAGUUAUGGCGAUGGAUGAUUAUCCGAUAGAAGAUCUUUCCACCGAAGAGAACAUCGUUUUCGUCUCAAGCACUGCGGGACAGGGUGAAUUCCCUCAGAACGGUCGUGCGUUCUGGGAUGUUGUCAAGAACUCGGGUGAUCUCGAUCUGUCGUCUAUCAAGUACUCUGUUUUCGCUCUCGGCGAUAGCCAUUACUGGCCUCGCAAGGAAGACAAGAUUUACUACAACAAGCCAGGCAAGGAUCUCGAUGCUAGGGUUGCCUUCUUGGGUGGUCGCAAGCUCACUGAUAUUGGACUUGGUGACGACCAAGACCCGGAUGCUUUCCAAACCGGUUACGCUGAAUGGGAGCCUCGCCUCUGGCAAGCCUUGGGAGUCGACAAUGUAGAAGGUCUACCUGAUGAGCCCCCGCCGUUGACCAACGAGGAUAUCAAAGCUGCGUCUAACUAUUUAAGAGGAACGAUUGUCGAGGGGCUGUUGGAUGAAAGCACUGGUGCUAUUUCCGCCAGUGACUCGCAGCUUACCAAAUUCCACGGCACCUACAUGCAGGAUGACCGUGACUUGCGUGACGAGCGUAAGGCCCAGGGUCUAGAACCUGCAUACUCAUUCAUGAUUCGUUGCCGCCUGCCUGGUGGUAUUGCGACGCCUAGUCAAUGGCUACAGAUGGAUGCUAUCAGCAGCGCCCACGGAAACGAAACCAUGAAACUCACGACCCGACAGACGUUCCAGUUCCACGGUGUUAUCAAGAGCAAGCUCCGUUCAGCAAUGCAAGCUAUUAACAAGGCUUUGAUGACUACUAUCGCAGCUUGCGGUGACGUCAACCGUAACGUGAUGUGCAGUUCCCUCCCUGAACUCUCUAGCUACCACCGUGAAGUCCAUGCAAUCUCACAGAAGAUUUCAGACCACUUGCUCCCUUCUACCACUGCUUAUCACGAGAUUUGGCUGAAGGAUGACAACGACAAGAAGGUCCUUGUUGCGGGAGACGCUGUUCAGGACCAUGAGCCUCUAUACGGUCCUACUUACCUGCCUCGUAAAUUCAAGAUCACUAUCGCUAUCCCGCCCCACAACGACACUGAUGUCUAUGCGCAUGACAUUGGUUUGAUCGCAAUCAAGGGCGCUGAUGGACAUCUUGAAGGCUUUAACGUUAUUGCGGGUGGUGGCAUGGGUGUAACUCACAACAAUAAGAAGACUUACCCACGCACAGGGUCCAUGUUCGGAUUCGUUGCCGCCGACCAAACCCACAUAAUCUGCGAGAAGAUCAUGCUUGUACAGCGCGACCACGGCGACCGUAAGAACCGCAAACAUGCCCGUCUCAAGUACACCAUCGACGACAUGGGCUUGGAUGUGUUCAAGGGCAAGGUUGAAGAGCUCCUCCCUCCUGGUCUUCGAUUCGCCGAGCCCCGCCCUUUCAAAUUCAUCUCCAACAUUGACACCUUCGGCUGGCAGAAGGAUGAGAAGGGACUCAACCACUUCACCUUCUUCAUCGAAAACGGUCGUAUUGAAGAUACUACCGAUUUCUCCAUGCGAACGGGCCUGCGCGAGCUUGCGAAACUCGAUAAAGGCGAAUUCCGGUUGACUGGUAACCAGCACUUAAUAUUAUCAAAUAUCAAAGACUCAGAGCUCCCUGAAAUCAAGGCUUUAUUGGCCAAGUACAAACUCGACAAUACUGCCUUCUCCGGUUUGCGUCUGUCUUCCUCCGCUUGCGUCGCCUUCCCUACCUGUGGUCUCGCUAUGGCCGAGUCAGAGCGCUACUUGCCCGUGCUUAUCGACAAGCUCGAGUCGACUCUCGAGCAGAACGGGCUGUCCAAAGAGAGCAUCGUCAUGCGCAUGACUGGUUGCCCCAACGGAUGCGCCCGGCCCUGGCUCGCCGAAGUCGCCUUUGUCGGUAAGGCGUACGGUGCUUACAACAUGUAUCUCGGCGGCGGGUACCACGGCCAGCGGCUGAACAAGCUCUACCGCUCUUCGAUCAAGGAAGAUGAGAUCCUCGAUAUCAUGAAGGAUCUUCUCAAACGGUACUCUCUUGAGCGUAAGACGGAUGGUGAGCGUCCCGAGCGAUUCGGUGACUGGUGUAUCCGCGCUGGUAUUAUCAAUGAGACUACUGAGGGCAAGACCUUCCAUGAUAAUACUGCUGAAGAGGAAGAGGACGAGGAGUAGAUGCUACCCGUGUAUACAAAGCAACGGGCUAAAAGCUUCAUAAUGAUUUGGAUUUUCUUAUUUGGUAAUUGAACUUCUCCAGUGGAUAUGUUAUGUAUGGCUUGACUAGCAAGUGUUGCAUUUCAUCAAGAAUGUAUUGUAAAUAGAUCUGAAUGGCAUGAUGUUGUAUUAACUAUUCUA